CCGCCUGACCUCCUCGGCCGCCGCCUGGACCUGGCUCCUGAUUGGCUCCCUCCUGGUGGCCUCCCACCCUUGGCUCCGCCCCCCCUGGGGCUCCGCCCUCCGCGCCCUCGCCCGAUUGGCCGUCGGCCUGGCGCUCUCCCGGGCCGGCCACGCCCUCGGCCACGCCCUGGAGGCGGCCACCGGCUCCUGCACCUCCCCCACCCCGCUGGGGACCCUCCUGGUGCCCCUGGGAGACCCCGCGGCCUGCCGGGGGGCGGGGCACAGCUGGGAGGGCUUUAGCCCCGCCCCCCAGGCCUUCGCCCUGGUGCAUUGUGGGUUGGGAUUGGCCGAAGAGGCGGCGGCGCUGGGGCGGAGCUUGUACGGAUCCAAGAUGGCCGCCGGGCCCAAGAUGGCCGCCGGGUACAAGAUGGCCGCCGAAUCCAAGAUGGCGGCCUGGUACAAGAUGGCGCCCUGGCACAAGAUGGCGCCCGGAUCCAAGAUGGCCGCCGGGUAUGACGUGAGUGAAGAAUCCAAGAUGGCCGCCGGAUCCAAGAUGGCCGCCGGGCACGACGCGAGCGAAGAAUGCAAGAUGGCCGCCCCGUCCAAGAUGGCGGCCCGCUACAAGAUGGAGGAAGGAUCCAAGAUGGCCGCCGGCAGCGGGUGGGCGUGGCCACGCCCGACAUGGCGGCCGGGCUCUCCGCCACCGCCGCGGCCAAUCGGCUUCGAGUGGGCGGAGCCUCCGCCUGCAACUUACGGGUGGGCGGGGCCUCCUCAUUACGGCUGGGGCGGGGCCGGCGGCCAUCUUGGGUGGCCAUUUUGGGGCGGGGGCGGCCAUUUUGAAGGGAGGAGCGUCGGCCAUUUUGAAGGCGGCCAUUUUGAUUCCGGCCGCCAUUUUGACUCCGGCCGCCAUUUUGAUUCCGGCCGCCAUUUUGACUCCGGCGGCCAUUUUGACUCUGGCGGCCAUUUUGACCGCCCCGCCCGCCAUUUCGACCCCCCGGGCGGCCAUUUUGACCCCCCGGGCGGCCAUUUUGACCCGGCCGGCCGCCAUUUUCCCGGCGCAUCUCCCCUUUCCGAAGGCGGCCAUCUUGCCGGCGGCCAUCUUGGCGGCCGUUUGGUGGCCCCGCCCACCGCGCUGUCCAUCCUGUACCUGCUGGCCGUGGCCCUGCUGGUCACGUGGCACCUCCUGCUGGUGGUGACGCUCACCUACCGCCACACCUGGGCCCGCAACGCCGCCGGCGCCGCCCUGGGCUGGGCCGCCUGGGCCCUGACCUACCGGGGGUGGUACCGGUGGGCGUGGUCACCCGGGCCGCCGGGGUGGGGCUGAGGGGCGUGGCCAAUGGGGGAAAAGCAAAAAAACCCGGGUGAAAAUAAAGAAAAAAUGGGGGAA